GUGCAAUGAGGCAAUGAGCUGGAAUUCAUGGCAAUCCUCCUGCCUCAGUCUCCUGGAUGCCAGGAUCACAGAUUGUGGCCCUGACUCCAGUCCUCACAUCACAGAGGCUGCCAGCUAGUUCUCCACCUCAUUGGUCACUCAGCCUGGACUCCUCAAGCCAUCCUGCCCACGGGCGGCCUCCUCGAGACCAAGUCUACAAGAUGUCCCUCCUCCUGGGGGCACCACCCUCACAUGGCCCCUCCUCACCCCUCAAACCCCUGGCUGCGCUCCUCACAGGUCCCUCCAGUCUUCCGCUGGGGGUGGAGAGGCAUGAAGCUCAUCUACAUACCACAAAACCCUGCAUCUUGUGUCCCUCACAGCCAGUUUGUGGGAUUUUAUAGGAUGACUCACCCCUUGAAGCUGGAGGGUGACACAUGGGGUAACAUUAACCCCUCGUCCCAGGGAAAUGCCUGCUAUCAGAGCCUGGGACAGCCACAGCGUGUGCAGCGACUCUUCAGAACUCGGAUCUGAACCCAGGUCUCUGUCACAUGCUGACCCCCUAGGCUCCCACCCUACAUCUGUCCUCCCUACCGUGGCCACCAGAGGGCGCGCAUGAGAGUACACUGCCCGCUGCCACCCAGGGUCCCCCGGAGACCCUGUCCCUCUGCCCCACGGCUGCCCCGGGCUUUUGCACUGUUCUCGCGUGGGCGGAUCGGCGUCACAGUCAUGACAGCCAUCGAGGGAGGGCACCCACAGAUAUAGCAGCCGUCCUAAUCCUUGCAGCUCAUCCCCUAAUCGCCUGCGUCGGGCUCCGGUGGAGGGUGUUGCCAGCCAUGGCGGGGUCGGCGAGCGAGGCACGGGCCUGGAGCCCGGCCCCGGCCAUGUACGAAGAGUACCGGCCGCCUCCGCUGGACGCCAUCCGCCUGCCUCGCUACGCCCUGUACCUGCUGAUGGCCGCCGUCCUAGUGGUAGCCGUGGCCUACGCCAUCGUGGGCCACCUCAUCAAAGACCUCGCUCAUGACUUGGCGGACUGGGCCUUUGGCCCUAAGCCAGACCAGGAGGAAGGCCCACGGGAGCUCCGGGCGAGCUUGGCCGCGGAAGACCUGGAAGAGCUGGACCUUCAGCUGGCCCUGACCUGGCGCGGGGAGGAGGACCCCACCCGGGCUCCUCGCCGCCCCUCCAUCGCUUUCCGGGACCCGCCCGUGCAAACUGACUUUUGGAGGCUGGACUGACCAGGAGGGACAGCACCUGCAAGGCUCCCUGAGCCCCCACCACCUCAGCUGGGCCACCUGUGUCUGUUGUAUGACACAGGCUGGCCUGAAGCUCAGAAUCCCCCUGCCUCAGCUUGAGUGCUGGGAUUAUAGACACAAACCCCACCUUAUUAAGACUUUGAGAUAGGGUUUCAGUAGAUCAAGCUAGCCUUGAGCUUAAUAAAUAGCAGAGGACCUUGAACUCAUGGUCUUCCCGAGGGGAAGGUAGAUGACAGGUCACCACACCUGGUUUCUGUGCUCCUGGGAAUGGAGCCCAGGGCUUCUUCAUACAGGCUGGGUCAGCCCCACUCCCUGAUAGUUUUAAAUUGUUAUGAAUAAUUCUGGCAUAGACUCCUUCUGCAUCAGUAGUGUCUGCUAAGAGGAAAAAGUGAGGCUGAAUUUGGAUACAAAGUAAAAGUGCAGCAAAGGCUGGAGAGAUGGCUCAGAGGGUAAGAGCACUGGCUUUUCUCCCAGAGGUCCUGAGUUCACUUCCCAGCAACCACAUCAUGGCUCACAGUAUUGAGGUCCAGCACCCUCUUCUGGCCCACAGGCAUACAUGCAGGCAGAACACUGUAUACAUAAUAAGUAAAAUUUUUGUUUGUAUCAAAAACAAACAAACAGAGUUUCUUUUUAUGUAGUGCUGGCUGUCCAGGAACUCACUCUGUAGACCAGGUUGGACUUGAACUCACAGAGAUCCGCCUCUGUCUCCCAAGUGUUGGGACUAAGGGCAUGUGCCACCACUGACUGUUGAUAAAUAAAUCUUUUUUUUUUUUUUUUAAAAAGAAAAGUGUGUCCAAGGGCUGGAGAGAUGGCUCAGUUAAGAGCACUGGCUUUUCUUCCAGAGGUCCUGAGUUCAGUUCCCAGCAACCACAUGGUGGCUCACAGCCAUCUGUAAUGAGAU